GAGGAGAGAGAGACAAAAAUGCAGAUAUUGGAUCAAGAAGCCCUUAUUCCUUAUUGAUCCUAAAUAUUAAGCCUGGACUCCACCCUUUUACUGAGUUACAGAGUUACUGGAUGAAUAUCUUUGAAGAUUUUACCCUAAAAACAAGUGGUGGUAAGUUUUAAUCUAAUCACUUGGUAGCAAAAUGCAUAAAGAAUAAACUCACAAUAUUGUUAUAACAUAUGUUAUAAUGUAUUUUCUAUGUACAAUGGUUUACUUUUAUACUAAUUUAGGCACUUGGACUAGGAUUAAUGGUAUUUUCCCUUACUGAUAGCAUACCAUUACUGAUACCAUUAGUGUUAAUUUAUUUAUGAAUCAAUCAAAAUUUUUUUUUCCACAGGUUCUUUAUUGAGUGAAUAUUCUGUGGUGAAAAAUCUUACCUAAUCUUAUGUAGAAAUCAAGUCCAGGACAAGCUCUUAUUUAUCAAAUAUAAUUAUUAUAAUAAAACUGCAGACUGUUUUAAGAAAUAAUAUUUGUUCAGAGUCCAUAAAUAUAAUUAAGGAAUAAUGUAGUUUAUCAGCCUGUGUUAUGUGAGGAUUAUAACAAAGAUAUAUAAAAAUGCCGGUACACGGGAAAAAAUAGAUCACAUUAGUGAGGAAUGGAUUGUAUUUGACAUUAAUAUCAAAAUUAGCAUUAUUGUACUGAUACAUUUUAAUUUUUUUUAACUUUAACAUCAGCGAAUACCGCUAUUUUAAAAUUAAAAAAAAAAAAAUUGACUCUUGUUUUGAGUUAUUUAUAUAUUCAUCAAAUUUUACUUAGUCAUCUUUUACUCAAGAAUUAUUAAGAAAUAUAUUUAAUAUACAAAUCUAUAAGCUAUGAGACCCAUUUUUUAAAAUAUAUUACAUACAAAACAUAAUUUUCAUUAAAAGAAAAAUUAUAGUGCAUUUUUUAGGAAAAAAAGACAAAAUAUAGGUUUUGCUAAAAUGUUGACAACUUUUUGAUUGUUCAAAGAAUUUUUGUCAUGUUUGACUAUGAAUUGUAUAAGUUGAUGAAGUAUUUUAUUUAAAUAAAUUUUAUAUCUUUUAUAACAAGGAUUUUUUUUUUCCUUCAUACUGUGUAAAGAUUUUGUCAAAUUUUUGCAUAAAAUGAAAAAAAAUAAUUCUCCAAUAAUGUUUCAACUAUUUUUAUAACUAAGAAAAUAAAAUAUACAAAAAAUAUCUAAUGAUAGCUGAGUCAAAGAUGAACAAGUUAAUAUAUUUAACUGAUCAGAUCAGAGCUAUUUCAGAUCAGUUAAUUAAUUAUUUUAAAAAAUCACAUUAGGAUUUUUAAGAAAUGUGAAAAAAACGUCAGACUGCAGAGAGUUAAGCUAAAAUGAGGGAAUAUCAUUUAAAAUUUAUUAUUAAAAUUAAUCAUGGCCAUUUAGUGAAAAAUCAUGUAAUUUAGUAGGCAAGGGUGACCAAAAAAUUCAAAUUGUAUUUUUAAAUAUUACUGUAAAUUUUAAAAAAUGAAACCAGGGCUAAUGUGAAGAGAUAGCACCCUGGUUCCGUUAGGUACAAAACCCUUGUUACUGAUAGUGUCAAAACAGAUUACGGUUAGGGUUCAGUGUGUUCAGGUUAGGUUUAGGGCGCAGGUCGCGACAACCAAGGUAAAAAACGUGGUGCUAUCUCUUUACAUUUAUCGAAACCAGAAUCAACUUUUUAGCUUUAUUAGUACUCUGAGGUACGAAUUUUUAAAGUGCAAGUUCCUUUGGUAUUUUUUACUAUGACUGAGUAUGGAUGAACCAGGGCUAAUACUAAUUUCUAAUGUAACAUCUUGUAACGACCUCAUUCCGCUGAUCUCGUCAAGUAAAUGCCCAAGGACUAUAUAGUUUAUAUAAGGCAACGUAUCCCCUUAUUACUAAAAUACUGUUUAGAGACUACUUAUUUAUUGAACUUUCAACUUUGGUACAUGACUAAUUAAAGCUUACCCUAACCAAUGGUUUAAUUGUCUUUGCACACGGCAAACUUUUAUGAAUGAAACUCUGUGAUAGUAUACCACUGCAUAGCCAUUAUGCAAAUGACUCACACAGUGACUGAAUGGCUGCCCAUGACAAUAAAAAAUUUCUAGGUGCAUCCCUUGCUUUACCCUUAAUUUUUUUUUUUUAAUUAAUAAAGAAUACUGGAUAUUAUAUUUAACUCAAGAUAAUCACUAGCUAGAUGUUACCACAGUAGCUUCAUAACACUGUGACUGUGAAACAUAACUUAUACUUAAUUUAUUAGUAAUUAUUUAAUUAGUGUACAGUAAAUCAGUUAUCUCAGCCUACUUGACAUUUUUUUAAACUUUAAAUGACUUUAGUUUCAGUCUUAGUAAAGUUUUAGCUGUAAGGGUAAUCUAACUUUUUAGCAGUAAUCAUAACUACAUCUUGUAUUACUAAAACUAAAUCACACUGAAUUCAUUUUAAAGAUAUUUAUAUACUCUCAAUAUUUUUAUUACUAACCUAUUUAAUAUAUUUUAUAUGAAAGAAUCAAAUUGAUUUCUUAUAUUUGACAGAUUUAAAAUGAGUGGUGGUUAUCAUGGCUAUUAUAGUCAAACAAAUACUCAUAACAACAUGCACAAAGGGAGACAGAGAUAUUUUGAUUCUGAUAAAGAAGACCUUGGACCAACAAGUAACAGAGAAGACAGAUUUUUUAAUGAUAGUAAUGGUCCCUUAGGAAAAAGUCAUGGAUUCACAGCUUCAGAGCGAUAUGGCAUCAACGAUGGAAAAAAGUUUGAAAGUGACAGGGGAAGAAAACAGAAUAUAUUUAAAAGGAGAGAAACUCACAGAGGUUGUCAAUCAUUAAUUUGUAUUAAAUUAUUUAUUGUAAGGUUUUUUUUCUAUUUAGUUCAUUAUAUUCAUAAGAUUGUAUAGCUAAUUAAUGAAAAAUAAUGUUGAUUUUAUAAUUUCAUUGAUCUAUCUGAUCGCAACAUAUAAAUUUAUAAUUUUAGAUGUAUAGUUAAAUAUUUGAAUAGCAUGAAAACUAAUUUAAAGUUCUUUGAGUGUUAUAAUGUUAUAAAGUAGCCUUUAUAGAAAAUUUAAAUUAAUUUUUUGUAUAUCUUUUAAAAUAGUUCCAACUUUUGAAAAUGCUGAAGACACCACUGAACAGAGCUCAUCUAGACCAAAACGACAUCCACCUGGCCUCAGAGGAAGGGAGAUUGGACUUUGGUAUGCUCAGAGACAUAUCGGACAAAAGGAAAAGGAAAGGAAAAAUGUGAACAGCCUUUCAGAUAUUUUUUAAAUUUCCAUUUUAACAAAGCUCAACAAUUUUUGUCAGUGUUGGGUUUUAUUUAAAACAUUAUAACAUGUGAAUGUUGAUUCCCAGUUUUGUACUGUUAAUACAGUGCUUAAGCAGUGGUUAAGACAUCCAAAUAUUUUUCUUAAACAAUGUAUGUGUGAUUAUUUUAGUUAAUAUUUGAAGAUUUUUUUAUUUUUUGAGUUCUGCUUGGUUUGCAUUGUUGCUUCUAAAUGAGAUCAUUAAGGUUUAAUUUUUCUGUCAAUAUUCUUUAAUGCCACAAGCACUUAAUUCAAUUCUUUUGUAGAGACCUACUGUUUCCAUGGACAAAACAAGAGAAAACAGCAUCAGAGAACUAUUGAGCAAUCUCAAGCAGGAUGGUAAAUUAAAAACCUUUAGACUGAUUAGAGAGUGAAAAUAUAUUAUUUAAAACAACUAACGUCAUCAAACAUGGUCUCACUGAACCAUUAAAACUUUAAGGAGAUCAAUAAUCAUUGCUUUGUGUGAGAUAAACUAUUUUCUAAUUUGUUUCAUAUCAUAAAUUUUAAUGUUGAUUGGCUUUAAAUUAGCCCAUUGGAGAAUUUAAUAUACUAAAAAUGAAUUAUUUGAAAACACUUAUACCUGAUUUAUGAAAUGUCCUUGAAACGAUCUCUCAGACUCCAAUGAUGAAAUUUAAUAUCAUAUGGUUAAAAAGCCAUUGUUGUAUUUAACUUAAUGUUUUAUAACCUUUUUUAACUGGAUUUUACUUCUGAAAAUUUAUUUAGCCUUACAGUUCACAAAUAUUUGUUACUACAAAUUUUACUUUUAAAUAUUAUAAAAUAAAUUAUAUUUUAGUUAGUCAUCAAAAGAACGUCACUGGAUCAAAAAAUGAAACUGCAUCCAACAUUUUAGCAAGUUCUUCAUCUUCAAAAAGCUGGACUUCAGACCUAGCAUCAUUUCCUUCACAAUUUUCCCAGUCUAGUCAACACAUUGUAAAAGGUUAGAAAAUGACAAUUGAUUCUUAUCUCCCAAUAUAUCUGCAUUCAAGCAAAUAUAUUUAUAUAUCUUUAUAUGCAUUGUUGAUAGUGUGAGUUAAAGAUUUAUGUUUUCUUUUCAUUUUUCUCAUUUAUAAUUAUUUUAUUUUCAAUAGUUGAAUUAUUUUCUAAAGUUUUUCUGGCAUAUUCUCUUAUUUCCUGCUGCAACCUCAUGGGACACUCCUGGAGGCAGCUUCUAUUAUGGCUUUGGUUAUUUUUCUGAUAAAGCUGAAUUCUUUUUAUUAUUAUUGAAUCCCCCAAGUUUCUGUCACUCCAGAUGGUAUAAAAUAUAAAUCAUAGUUUAAUGUCCUCCUCAGAUGAGGAGUAUAAAGAAGAAGUUAAAGAAGAACCACCUGACAGUUGGGAAGAUGGAGAUUUUGAUGAAAUGGAAACAGAAGGUAAUACAUUUCUUGGACUCAUUUCAUCAAGUGAUUAAAAGUCCUCGUCUGGUAGAAAUAAAGAUUUUACUACAAAUUCUGUUAUAACAUAGUUAAAAAAAAAAAUUUAAAUGUUAUUGCCAUAAAAUGUAGAACUUUUAUUUGAAAAAUUAAAAAAAAAUAUACGUUGUACAUGAUCUCCUCAGUGGAAAAACCGGGUUCAAGAUCACAAGAAGAGCCAGUAGAUCUGGAUGGUUAUGAUGAUGAAGACAACCAGCUGCCAAGUGUCACAGGAGUUGUUGAAUAUAUGAAGUCACAUGGGGAUUACCCUUACGCUGGGGAAGAGCCUGAAUCUGGUAAGUUGGUGUGAUUACUUUGUAAAAUAUAGUAAUGAAGAGACCUACAAAACUUUGAGGUUUCUUCAGAAGUAUUAUCAAAUGGGAUGUACUAGCCAAUAAGAGUACAAUUAAAUGUCACAACCCAAAUAUGAAUCAAUACCUCGGGAUAUAGGUUGUGCAAACUUCUAGGGAUAUUUUCUGAUUUUGAUGAUGCUGUCACUUCUGCUCGCCAUUAGCCAAAGGAAUAGACAGGGUCAAUGGAAAUUGCUUCGUAACUAGGUUCUUCAUUGAUAUUUUAAGUAAUGGUAAUUUUACUAUAGUGUAUUAGACCAUCUGAUGCAAUGUAUGUUAAUUUUAUUGUUCAUAAUAUAUAUAAAUGAAUUCUUUCUUUCAAAUACAAUUUACAAAAGGAUAUUAAGACUAUACGCUAAAUUUAGUAAUUUCUAUAUAUGCGUUCAUCAGGAGCCACUACAUUAUUUUUUUUAAAAAGGAUUACAUAUAAAUGUCUAUUUUUAACUGUUGACUGGUAUCCUCAGAUUUCAUGGCUAUCAACACUGACUCCCUCAACCCUGAAUAUGAUAUGCGAAUGAAGCUGUCAAUGGAACGUCUCUGUGAAAAUCCCCAGUAUGUCAAAAUGGUGGAGUUUAGAAAAAAGCUGCCAUCUUAUCAAAUGAGAGAAGUAAGUAAUAGGUAACUUUAACUUCUGGUCAACCAUCUUGACGCCUCAUUUUUUUAAGUUACUAAGGUGUUUGUUUUUGGAGUGGGGUGGGUGUUGUCCUCCAGACAAUAGAGAGGGUUUCAGUGUCCACCUUUCUCUUUAUCACAUCCAAUAAUAUCUUUUAAGAAUUUUAUUUGAGGGUGAACUUCCAUGAUAUCUUUUUUAAUGUCCACACAGUUAAAGUUAACUCCUAGAAAACUUUAUUUAAGUUGGCCAUACUUUGUGGCAGGAUUAUUUGUCCUAGCAUGUCAACAGAUUAUACAUAGACCAGGCACUUUGAACAGAGUGACAGCUCCGCAUUAUUCACUAGGACCAAGAAUGACAGCUGUGCAGUAUUUAUUAGUACCAUAAAGAGUUGAUGAUUAUGGCUUCUGUUUCUGCAGUGUUAGAUGACAGAGCAUCUAAUAAAUGUAAAACUCAUUAAAAACAUUGCAAUGUGCUUCUUAUUACUAAUGAUGAAAUCUAUUUGUUUAACUCCAUAUCUUCUCAACAGACAAUAGUCGGAACCAUCAACAGUAAUCAGGUGCUGGUGGUGAGUGGAGAAACUGGUUGUGGCAAAACAACACAGGUUAGAAAUUCUGAAAGAUGAUUAAAUUGAUGCUAAUACUUUAAUUUGUUUGUUUGUCUUAACUCUCAUGGGGAUUCAGGACAAAAAUGCGAUGUCAUAAAUAAUGUUUAAGACUAAUUCAUAAAUUUGCAGGUGAAAACCCACGUAGGCCUUAAAUGAAAGUAUCAUUAGUUUCUGUGAUAUUAACAUUAUGAGGGUUUGCCUAAAUGAAGUUUUGAUCAUACUCAUUCAAGGUACCCCAGUUCAUCCUUGAUGACUUCAUUCAAAGAGGCAUUGGAUCUCAGUGCAGGAUCAUCUGCACACAGCCUCGGAGAAUCAGUGCAAUAUCUGUGAGUGCUAAGAGUGGGGCAUUCAAAUGAUUUAAUACUACCUACUUAAUUUUACUGAGAUACUCCCACAUUCAGUUUUCAGCAGUGAGGAUUAAAACUGUAUCUCAAGGCCUAUUACAGUAAAUGUUUUUUUUAGUAAUUUAUUUUUCUUCAAAUCAGUGAAUUAUUUAAUUUUACAUUAUCUAAAAUAAACUGCAAUUUUGAGCAAUGGUAUCAAGCUGAGAAUGCUUUUUGUAAAAAAUCUGGUUGUUUUUUACUCUAGUUGAUGCUUUUUAAGUUAGGCGGUUUUGUUGUCUAGUGGGAAGUGGUUACCAAUCCUUUUUAUCUCCCAUAAUCUUUGAUUAGACUUUUAUGUGCUCGCCCCUUCCCUUACCCCCUUAAAAUUUAUAGGCUUUUAUUUUCUAUUUUACAAGUUGUUAAGUUGUUGUUUUUUUAAUGCAAAUAAAAAUAUUAUUUUAAAAAAUGCAGCUAAAUAUUGAAAUAUAGCCUCUCUUCAAUGAACAAGUGUAAAAAGAAAAAUAAAAAUUUAUUGCCAUUUUUCUCUAUUAUCGAUAUAAUUUUUACAUACUGUUAUGUACCGUUAUAAGUGUAAAGAAUUUAAUCUCUUAUUUUAAUAUAUAUGGCUCGUUAAUAAACAGUACACAACAAAGGAUGAUAUCAUUAAUUUAAUACAGUAAUAAAGAAUGAUAACCAAACUAAGCCUAAUUACAAAUAAUAAUUUAUUAAGCUAAUUUAAAAAUUACAAAAUCAAAUAGAAUAAAACUAAGGCUUUUAACUAACAGUAAUAAUAAUAAUAAAGUUCAUUUCAAAAACACGCUUCAUCCCCAAAGGCUCGAAGCGCGGUACAAAGUCAACAAAAAACAUAUCUAUAAUUAACCACAUUUAAAACAAACGCAACACUACAAAAACUAACUACAAGCAUACAAUCUCAAAGUCUUUCUAGCCAUUUCAACCCGGAGCAACACAGCCAUUAUGCAUUAACUGGAAAAUAAGGUAGACAAUCAUCCCAAAAGGUAUUUACGAAAUAGAUGUGUCUUUAGAUCGGUUUUAAAGGACUCCAGUGUCUGGUUGUUUCUGAGAUCGACUGGAAGGGCGUUCCAAAUUGUUGGACCUGCAAAUGAACAUUUACCGGUACAAUGUUGAAAAAGGUGCACACACACAGAGUAAAUAUUAAUAUACAAAUCUAUGAUCAGUACCAAACUCUGUCUCUCUCCUCUGUUGAUCGACUUAUUUAUAGUCUUUCUUAGAGACUCUUCCAGAAAGGGGUUCAUCAUUUUUUUUGUAAUUUGUAAUUAAACCACACCCAUCGUCGCUGAACUUGGGGUCACCCAGAGUUCAUGCACAGGUUUCACAAUGUAAACAAGAUGCCUAUGGUAACACAUACCCGCAAGCCAUGUAACCUUGGGAUACAUGUACCAUAGGUUGGGACUCACUGGUCUAGGGGGUUAACGAUUUACAAAGGCAUUACACUUGAAAAAUCUAGCCUAGUAAAAUGAUUGAAGAAAUAAGUUAAAACCACUGGCACCCACCAUAUAUAAUUAAAAUAUAUAUGCAUAUUCUUAAGCUAAACCUACAAAUCUUGAAUCAGGUGUCAGAGCGGGUAGCAGCAGAGAGAUGUGAGAAAGUGGACAAGUCUUACACCUCUAGUGUGGGCUACCAAAUAAGAUUAGAGACGUAAGGUUAUUUAUGUGUGCAGUAAAUAAGGCAAUAGAUAAAAUGCACAAUUAGGAAACUUUUGAGGUUAAUUAAAUCAUUAAUAUUGAUUGAAUUUUUCAAAAGUUAUUUAAUUAUUUGAGUUUAAUUAAGUCACAUAGUUUUCUAAUGUAUUCUUUUAAAUUAAAGUUAGAUGUUCUUUCCAUUAGCUUUAUAGAACACGGUACCAGUAUGUGUUAGGGUUUUGACCCACCCUAAUAAUUUAACAGGUUGAUUAGUCUACAUUUAUAACAUCUUUCAGCUUUUCAAGUGUGAUUAUUGUGUUUUAAAAAAAAUGAUUAAUUUGACUGGAUUGUACCUUGGAAUAUUUAAGAUGGUAGAUUUGUAUGUUAUAAUAUUUUAGCUAAGUGUUUUAAUGCAUUUUCAACUUCUCUUUCAGUAAACUCCCAAGAUCUCAUGGUUCCAUUCUGUUCUGUACAACUGGUAUUGUCCUUAAAUUCCUGGAGAAAGACCCGUAAGUUUUACAAGAUUUUAUAUAUAAAUUUAAAAAUUUUUCCUUCUCCAAUAUGGUUCAUUAAUUGGAAUUAAUUAACUAUGCAAUAAAACUUACUGAAUUUUGUACAUAGGUUUGUUAUAAUAUUCUUAGCUAUUAAGCAAGUAAAAUUUUCAUUAAGACAAUGAGUCAAACGCCAAAAUAAUUAAAUGCAGACCUGUUUAUUUCUAAUUGAAUUUUUUUUUCCAGGUGCCUGAAACGUGCAACACAUGUUAUAAUCGAUGAGAUCCAUGAACGAGAUCUUCAGUCUGAUUUUUUAAUGAUCAUCCUUAAAGAUCUGUUACCUCUGCGACCUGACCUGAAAGUCAUAUUGAUGAGUGCCACUCUAAAUGCUGAAAUGUUUUCAGAGUAUUUCAGUGAGUUAAAGAUCUUAGCUGUCAUGUGAUAGACAGUUGUAUUUUAUCUUUAGCUCUCUGGGGUAAAUUUUAUUAUCAUGUUAGUAUUUUAUUUAUUUUGAUUUUUAUAGUUGGUCCUUAAAUGAUAAUUGUCUAUUACAAAAUAUAAUUCCGCUAUGUUUUGCUCCAUUUUUAACCAAUGCAAUGUUGUUUUUUAUCUCAGUGGUUUUACUAUCUCAGAUUUUUUUUUAAAAACAAUAUUUUUUUAUGUUUCCACAGACAAGUGCCCUAUGUUAAGUAUACCCGGCUUCACAUUCCCAGUGAAGGAAUAUCUCUUGGAGGAUGUGAUUGAGAUGACAGGGUAAUUUUUUAUUUUCCAAUGUCACCCACAGCAUUCAGCAGGAAGUAGUUUUUUUUUUUUUCUACUCUAAGGUAGGAAAUUUUAUUCGAUUUAUCUAGGGACAGUUUUGUAAUAAAAUCUCCCGAUUAUUCUCAGAUAUACUUCAGAAGACAUUUCUCCAAGGAGACGUCAGUGGCGAAAAUUAAAACCAGGGGAAAGAGAAGAGCAAGACAAUUACGCUGUUUGGUGUAGAAACCUUCAAGGGCGGUAUGUUCAGUCAGCUAUUGACCCUCUCAUCUCAAAUUAAAGUAACGUUUUUUUUUCUUUCCUUUGUUUUUUUCCUUUCUAAAAAUUCCAUUUCUCAACAAUAGAAUCAGCCUUUUGUAAAAGCAUUACCCAUACAAUUUGAAAGAGCUGGCUUUGUCAUCUCAUAUAUUAUUGACUGUAUCUCCCUUACCAGACCCUCCCCUGAUCAAUUUGUAUGUCUCAUGCUUAUCACUUCUUAGCCUUGUAAAGCUCUGUGGAAAAACUACAAGUUGACUCAGAUCUGUUCUGACUUUAUUUAGCGAAUGUCCUUGCAUGAACAGAAAUACUCUUGCUUAGGAACACUUGACUGGUCUAAGUUAAUAAAAUAUGAUGACUUUGAGGUCAACUUUCUGAUUUUAUGAAUAUUUUUCUUCUCAGUUAUAGCCAAAAAACCAUCAGCGUCUUACAAAAUUUUGACUUUUCAAAAGUUAACAUUGACUUGAUGGCACACAUAGUAAACUACAUCUGCACCCGGCUAGAGGUAAUCAGACUGACCCAUCUUUCCAAUCGCUGCAUUAGAGAAAAAGUUUUGUACUUAAAAUUUUUCAAAACGUUCCUCUUUCAAACAGAUGAAAGCAUUAUUUAAAAUCUUUAAAAAAGUUGUUUAUCCAUAUGCCAACCUGCCCUAUGGGAUACUUGUAUUUUUUCAUUCAAAUUAUUUUAAUCUAUUUAAUAAUUUUAAAUGAACAGUUUUAUUGUAACUUACUUGUGAGUAAAUGAGAAGAAUUUAUUGCAAAAGGAACACACUCAAAAGACUUAAUUUUCCAAAGUCGAUAUAUCGGCACAGAGAAGUUAAGAAGUUGGGCUUAAUAAUAAUAGAAUGUGUUCUAAAUAUGUAAGUUAAUAAUGGGAAUUAAAACAAAAACAAAAAUUCUUUUUUUUAAGUUCUUUCAUCUUUUAUUUGUGUUUCAUAGUCUCAUGUCCCAUUUUUCAUUUACUAAAGAUUUUUCUUGUUACUCUACUUUUGUAGAGUUGCUUAUAGAGUUGCUCAUGUUUUUUAUGUACUUUUCAAGCUUAGUCUGUAAUCUGUCUGUAGGAAUUGCAUUGUCUCUUUUAUAGAAUGGAGCAAUUCUUGUUUUUGUGCCUGGCUGGGAAGAUAUUAAAAAGCUGAAUGAGGCAAUACAGAACACACCAAGAUGUAAAUCAGGUCCGGGUUAUUUUAUUUCAUUUUUUUUUUUUUUCAUUUCCUCACAAUUUCAACAGGACUUUUUAGAAAUGCUAAAAGCUCUUCUUUAAAAAAAAUGUUUAAAUUUUAAUUUUCAUAAAAAUCAACAGGCUCUCUCAAAGUUAUUCCACUUCAUUCUCUGAUGCCAACUGUCAAUCAAAGGGAAGUAUUUGAAAGACCCCCACCUGGAGUUCGUAAGAUUGUAAUUGCCACAAACAUUGCAGAAACCAGGUCAGAAUGAAUUUUGUUUUAGAAAACAGCACAUUUUUUUAAAAACAGCCAAUAAGUUUUAUCAUUUGAAUGAAAGGUUCAACGUUACAUAACUGCUAGGAUCAGAUUAUUUGUUUAAUUAAUUCUUAUUUAUAGUUUUCUUUGGAAUCUGCUUAAUCCUGUUGCUAUUACAUUCAGCAUCACCAUUGAUGAUGUUGUGUUUGUGAUUGACUGUGGGAAGAUUAAAGUGAAGGGCUUUCAACCAGAAAUAAAUCUCUCAUCAUUAGAAACCCAGUGGGUCUCAAAGGCCAAUGCCAAGCAGCGGCGAGGAAGGGCUGGAAGGUCAGUAUUUUGUUUUUGUUUUCAUCCACAUUUACUUUUAAUAGUUUUCAAUGCUUCUUCAUUUUAUCUUCAGUGAAUCAAAAUACUUUUAGAGUAUUUUAUUUUGUUGAUUUUUUAAAAAUAUUUUUUUUUUUAAAUUUUAUAGAAAAGGGUUUUUAAAAGAUGUAUUAUAUUUUAAAAAAUAUAUUUGAGUAAAGUGAUUGUUUGGUUUUAAAGUUGUGGGGUGAGGAUGGUAUAAAAAAAAAAAAAAAAUCCUUCUUAAAACUUUGAAAUUGCAAUGUGGUUUAUUUCAAACAUGAGUUAAAAUACAGAAGAAAAAUUUAUCCUUUAAGGGUCCAACCUGGUUACUGCUUCCACUUUUACACAGAGUUUCAGUACAGUCUCGCACCAGAUUACCUCCCUCCUUUUUUAUUUUUUUUAUUUUUUAAAAAUAUUUUUUUUUUUUAAUUUUAUAGAAAAGGGUUUUUAAAAGAUGUAUUAUAUUUUAAAAAAUAUAUUUGAGUAAAGUGAUUUUUUGGUUUUAAAGUUGUGGGGUGAGGAUGGUAUAAAAAAAAAAAAAAAAUCCUUCUUAAAACUUUGAAAUUGCAAUGUGGUUUAUUUCAAACAUGAGUUAAAAUACAGAUGAAAAAUGUAUCCUUUAAGGGUCCAACCUGGUUACUGCUUCCACUUGUACACAGAGUUUCAGUACAGUCUCGCACCAGAUUACCUCCCUCCUGAGAUGCUGAGAACCAGACUUGAAGAACUGUGUCUCCAGAUCAAAGUAGGAACUGAACUGUUAACGCUUAUUUAGAUUUUUAAAACAGCUUACAUAUUGAAAAAAACACAAUAAAUAUGCAAUCUCUCCAACCUAAUUGUAUUUCAAAGCUGAAAUGUACUGUGUAUUUUCACAGCAGAAACCCUUAUAUAUAUUGUGUCAAAAACUAUUUGUUUUAUAAAAAUAUUUGUUCACAUGAGUAUAAAGCUCUUCUGUGGAGUCUGAUUACAAGCUUAUUUGUAAAAGUUCAUUUAUAAUUUUUUUUUUUUUUAUAUAUAGAAUAUCAUAUUCUUACAACUGUCUAAUGAAAAUGAACACUGAGUUGUUUGUAAUAUUCUGUACCUCUCCAGCUUCUGAAGUUAGGGUAUAUUGUGCCUUUUAUAAGUAAAGCCAUGCAGCACCCUUCAAAGGAAGCCAUCACCCAUGCUGUAGAGACCCUGAUGGAAUUGGUAGGUUCAUAAAUGAAAGUCAGUUUUUUUAUUUGGAAAAUGUCAUUAAAAAAUGUUGAAAAUAAGGCAUAAAAAUGAAAAGCAAAAAGUUUUUUUUAAUAGAGUUCUUAUUUGGAUUUUUUUAGCGUGUUUCCCAAACAUAUCCUUUUUUUUUUUUUUUUAAAUGAGGAAAAACAUUUUUUUCCAGAAUGCUCUUGAUGCCAAUGAGAAUCUGCUUCCCUUGGGAUAUCAUCUUGCUCGAAUGCCUGUAGAACCUCACACAGGAAAAAUGAUUCUUUUCGCAGCCAUGUUCUGUUGUCUUGACCCCAUCUUAACGGUGGCUGCCAGUUUGAGCUUUAAAGAUGCAUUCACAAUUCCUCUGGUAAUACUAUGAUAGUCUUGCUUUAACAAAAAAUCUUUUUUUUUCUUUCUUUUCAACAUCCAUUAAAUAUCUUUUAAAAUGAUGAUAAUGUUUUUAAAAAGGUAUUUAGUUGAUUGAUGUAGAUAACAUUAUUAUGCCGGUUAAUUGAGUUUUCCAAAUAUCUUUUUUGCAGGGCAAGGAACACCUGGCUGACCAGACCAGAAUUCGUUUAUCUGGAGAUAGUAAGAGUGACCACAUAAUGCUCAUCAAUGCAUUUAAGGUUGGCUUUCAGUAGAUAUUCGAUAUGUUAAAAAUGCUUAAAUGAAUUGAUUGUACGUAAAACAUAUAUUCCUUGAUAAACCAUAUUCACUUAUUCAGGAAUAAUAGCUACAUAUUGCAUGUGGUAGCCGCAGUGUUGGGGUAGUCAGGAUAUUAUCUUGAUCUGCAGAUCACAGCUAGUAAUUUAUUCCAUCUGGUUUACUUCCUGUUCCUAAAGAAAAUGUUUACAUAUUGUAAUUAAGAAAAUGUUUAGAAUAUUGUAAUCAAGGAAAUGUUUAUAUAAACAACACAAUGAAUUCCAGCCCCAUAAAUGUAAACAACUCUAAGGGCAUUUUUUGGCAUGUAUUUGUGAUAGAUAAAUUUGUUAACAGAUGACUUGAGAACAACUUAAUCCUCUUGGUUUACUGCCACAACUCAAUGAAUCAAUUUAUUCAAUUAAUUCUAUUUCUUGUUCUUUCUUGUUUUGUCCUGUCCGCUGAAGAAGACUUAUAGCCAAAAUGUUCUCCUUUUAUUGUCCUGUCUUGUCAUUUCAAGCUUCCACACAACUUGUUCCAUUAUUUCCUUCACACAGCUUGAGCGCAGUCCUUCAUUUAAUAUCAGUUAUUUUUCCACAUGUAAUGCUUUCUUAGAGCUUAUUUUAUACAUGCUGCAUGUCUAUUGUUUAAGUGAAAUUAUGUGUGGUCACUUGGUAAUAUUUACCUCUUCUCUUCUAUAAUUUGAGGGCCCAUGAUCAAUGAAUUGAUCAUUCUGGCUCCUAUGUUUCAGAGGGGUUCGCGAUUUUACUGUGCAUGGUUUUGAAUGGGAUACUUCACUGGUUGCAAGGGCUAUUAAGAACUGGGGGGUGUGAAGACAGGAGGCAAAAGCUGCAAAUGUGUCAAAUGUAGUCGCCUCAACUGUUGCUUUUGGAAGCUUGUUCCAGUCCCUUAUUGUCUUUGGCAGGAAUGAGGAGCUUCUGUACUGAGUUCUUGUUUUUAUUAGCCAGAACUGCCUGUCGUAGCCUUGUUGCUGUCAAAGGGGGAGAGGGACAAGUUUCUAUUUAAUGCUGGAGCAGUGGACCAGCCCAUUUUGAUCUUGUACAACAUGGAGAGCCUGGAUAGUCGUCAACGUUCUUUCAUUGGUGACCAGCCCAGUGUUUGUAGCAGUUCAGGACAAACCGUGCUGCCUGUCACUGGACCGCCUCCAACCUGUCGAUGCUCUUCUGGGUAAAUGGGUCCCAAACUGGAGAUGUGUACUCUAAAAGCGGCCAGACAAAGGCUUUAUAGGCUUUUUCUUUCACGCUUGAGUUGCCGAUCUUCAGAUUUUGCCUUAGGAACCCUAGUGUCUUGUUUGCCUGGUAGCACACAUUGUUAAUGUGCUUGUUCCAGCGGACCUCUCUUUGAAUGGUAACACCUAUGUACCUAACGGAGGAAACUGGCUCAAGAAUAUGGCCAUCCAAAUCGUAAGGGUGGUGUAUAGGGGAACUGCUUCUGGACACUGACAGGGUCUGGCACUUGACGGGAUGAAAUUCCAUGUCCCAGCUCAUCUCCCACUCUGCUAACCAAUGGAGGUCCUGUUGUAGCUGGUCCUGAUCAGAACUCUUGGCGAUCAUCCUAUACACCGCCGUGUCAUCUGCAAACAGUCUUGCUUGAGAAGUCAGCUUCUCGAGCAAGUCAUUGAUAUAUGCUAGGAACAAACAAGGUCCAAGCACCGAGCCUUGAGGGACCUCUGACUUAACACCGACAAAGGAGGAGGUUGUGCUAUCUACCACUACCGCCUGGCAUUAGUUGCCGAAGAAGCUAGAGAUCCAUGUUUUGAUAGUGCCUUGGAUCCCAUAACUCUGCAGUUUGUGUAAUAGCAAACUAUGAUUGGCACGGUCGAACGCCUUUGAGAAGUCCAGCACAAGCAAAUCAGUUUGCUUACUGUUCUCCAAAUUGUUCAUCAAUUCUUCUGCAAAUUCAAGGAGUUGGGUCUCACAUGAUCUGUUGACUCGGAAGCCAUGCUGACAGUCAUUGAGUAUAUUCUGGCUUUCAAGAUGAUUCAUGACCGCGCUUACGAUUAUGUGCACCAAUAGUUUGUAUACUAUGCUGGUGAGGGAUACCGGGCGGUAGUUGGCAGGGUCGUAAUGCUCCCCUUUUUUGUAGAUUGGAGUGACAUGAGCUAUUCUCCAGUCAGUUGGAACUUUGCCUGUGCCUAGCGACAAUUGGAAGAGGAUUGUCAGAGAGGGAGCGAUUUCAUUGGCCAAUUCUUUUGAACUCGUGGUUUGAUGUAGUCAGACAACAUUUUGUUCAUUUGGUAAUAUUAUUUUGUUCACUUGGUAAUAUCUACUAUUUUGUUCACUUGGUAAUAGGUAUUUACUAUUUUGUUCUCUUGGUGAUAUUGACUAUAGGGAUGGGAAGAUAGCCUAAGAAGAGGAACCAGUCAAAGAUACUGCUGGGAAAACUUCUUGUCAGACAACACCUUAAAGGUAAAAGUAUUAUUAAUGCCUCUUAUGUAGGGAGUUACUUAUAAUUCGACUUAUGAGUCUAACAAUGGCUAGCAAAUGCAUCAAGGUUCUUAAAGGUGUUACUUUUUCCUAUUCAGAAAACAGAUAAAGCCGCUGCCAUUUUGGUUUUUCAAAAGUAAUAUUUAUUAUUUUCACAUAAAAUAAUUAUUGUAUUUUUAUGAACUCUCACAAAUGUUUACAUUCCUUUUAAAAAAUAAAAAAAAAUUGUGUUGUCUUAGAUGCUUAGAGAUAUGAAGAAACAGCUGGCUGAACUUCUGUAUGAUAUUGGUUUUAUUGACUCAAAAGAUCCCAAGAAUCUUUCAGCAAAUAAAAACAGUGGUGAGUAUGUUUCCCUUAUGCAGACCUGCCAAACCUUCCGAUUUUGUCGGAAUUAUACGGAUCUUUUACCCCUCUUUCCAACAAACCCCUUAAAACUCCAAUUUUUCGAACUUUAUAAUUUUUCACCCUUUAUAAUAAUUGAAAGCGACCCAAAAAAAAAAUUAAAAAUAUCGGGUACGACUGGAAUUGUCCGGCGACCAGACGAAUAAGUGAAUAAGUUCUCGAGAUAUUCGCCCUGCCACUAUAUAUUUGACCAAAUCACAUGACCAGCGUAACAAAGUUGCGAGAGAUAUUAUGCACAAGAUAUUUGUCCGUCAGCUUUGUCAUGUGACCGCUUAUUUUUUAUCAGAGUUUACGGUUUUUCAUUUCAACAAAUUCAAGAUAGUCUGGACUUUACGUGAAAAAGAAAUCAAUUCUACAAAAGAAAUACUAAAACCAUUACUGGUAUAUUUAUAAUGAAUGAUCUGUUAAAAGUGACAAUGUUUUUUAUGAAGCGUCACAUGCCCGCCGUAUGAAUAUCUCCCGCACUAUUUGUCCGGUCGCCUGACUUGUAGACACUGCCUCGUUUUUAUCGAAACGAACCAUGAUCUCCAAAUCAUUCUUCAAUCAUCAAUUGAUCCGAUCGUGAUGCAUCCUUUUACAAUUUUACAAGGCUAAAAAAUAAUGCAGACUUUUUUUUUGUUAAAGCUUUUCUUAAUUAAAUCGUAAACUCUACUGAAAGUGGUGGGUACAAUGGUAUUAAUAAACAUAUAAACAUAUUAAUAUUUUAAUACCCCCCCCCAACCCCCCGAAAAAAAAUAAACCAUACACAACUGCAGCUAAAAGUAAAAGUAAUCCAUGUCUAAUUAAAAGUUUCUUUGCUAAAGAAUCCGAUCGUUUUAAUGCCAGUGUCAAAGAAAUGUUUCCAGACUUGCUGAAUGCUAGAAGAUUUUGAAGAAAAAUUACAAUGAAACAAUGGCAAACAUGAAAGUUGAACUGUUUCUAACUUGCUUGACUAAAAUUAAUUGUAAUGCUAGCCUUCAGUUGUCCAAAGAGCUGUUGGACAAGUGCAAAAAGGCCACUGGGGAUAUGCUGGAAAACUGAACUCUUAGCAGCCUGUGUAAAUAUGUAAAUAAAAUGGAUCUUCUGUCUUGUAGCCUACUGUUUAUAAACAUUUCCAGUAGUGUUUUUCUCAUGUUAUGUGGACUCUUCAAAGACAAUGGAGGCAACUUUACAUUUCUUUAUUUAAUAAAAAAGGUUUGUGCAUUAGUUUAUAAAUCUUAAAGGAACGCCGCCCCCUCCUCCCCGCCGGGGUCAGCGGUCCUCCUUCCCCCCUGCAUGCAACCCCCCUACAGAUUUUUUUCUUGGCAGGUCUGCACAGCAUAUGAUAUCGGUUUUAUUCACUCAAAAGAUCCAAAGAAUCUUUCAGCAAAUAUUAACAGUGGGGAGAAUGAUAUUGCAGUGCAUCUUGGCCCCCUGGUUGGCAGCAAAGCAUUUAAGCCAAGUUUUGGUUUUUAUAGGGAUGUCUGCAUAAGCAAUCUAGCUUAGUAUAGUGAGUAAUCAAGUGCUGAUACGCAUUCAGAAAUGUUUUAUAUUUUUAUAUUCUUUGCUGUAAUAUGACAUUAUUGGAGUAAGUUUGUGAUCUGCCAAUACUUGAUAGUGAUACUUUCUGGUUAAAUGACGAUUUAUGACAAGGUGAAUAAUUUUUUAUAUAUAUAUUUUAUUCACCAGAUAACCAAGGGCUGGUGAAGGCAGUUUUGUGUGCAGGGUUGUAUCCUAAUGUAGCUGAAAUCACAAAAGUCCCCACCGCAAAGUCUUCAAAAUACAGGUCAGAAAUUACCACAUUUUAGCUUUAGGCCCAUUAAAACGUUUACUGCACUUAAAUGUGUCCUAAUUCUAUGUAAAGUAUUGUCGAUCAAGUACAAUAAAAACUGCAUAUUUCCCACAGGGGUGCUGGGGGUCUCGGAAUGCUCGUGAAGGACAACACAAAAAUCCAAGCCCAUCCCAAGUCUGUCAACAUGAAGCAAACAUUUUUUGAGAGCAAGUGGAUGGUGUUUUACCAUAAACUUAAAACCACAAAGGUUAGCAAGAUCACUUUGAGCUCUCAAAAUGUGUUUUACAAAUAUGAUAACACAUCCGAGGAUGAAAGAAUUAAACGAAACUUUUUGAGCACAAAAUUUUGUUUCAUCUUUUAAAACUUGAUAUGCAACAGUGAUUAUAAAAAUAGCCCAUAGGUCCAACUUUGACUGGGUAUAUGAUGCAGGAAUAUAACCAGACAACUAUUUACUGAGUUGAUAAACCUGUUUUUAUUUCAUCCAGGUUUUAAUGCCAGUAGUUUUACUUCUGAAAUAAUGUUUGUUUCAACAUCACACCAUCACAGGUUUACAUCCAUGACUGUACAAUGGUUUCACCAUACCCACUCCUGUUUUUUGGUGGAGAAAUCAAGAUUUUGAAGGUUUGUUUUUUGCAGUCUAGAAAUCUUUAGAAAUCAAGUUUUGGUUACAAUGUUAUUAGGCUUCUUGUGUUUACCCAUGAUAAGAAAAAGCUUGAAGUUAAAGUUGUUUUAUAAGAUAAGAUAAGAUUCUUUUAUUGAUCCAAAUAAAUUGAAAUGUUUUUUGAUUGCAUUAUACAUUUUCAGCACAUAAAUAAAACAAUUUGAAGACAAGACAUUUAUAAUAAAUUAUUUCAAACAGCCAUUCAGUGAGUUCUCUUAGCCAAAUCGGGGACUUAUUAGUUCUCAUGAAGAUGUGUGACUUCAGAGGGAGCACGCCGGUAAAUUCGUACAGAUUGGGGAACAAAAGAAUUUUUAUAUCUUUCAGUCCUCGCCCUGAUGGAAAGAAUUCGUCCCAAACGGCCCGAUCCUAAGUAUUUGUGGUGAAGAGGGUGGGAUGUAUCAUCCAAAAUAUGUUUAGUUUUACAAAAACAUCUUUCUUCAAAUAGUUCUACAAGUGAAGGAUGUUAAGCUUGUGUUAUGUUCCUAGCUUUCUUGAUUAAUAUCAGACGUUGAAUUCCCACACCAGCAGGUAAUACUGAAAUUAAGUAGGCUUCCAAUUGUUGCUCUGUAGAAUAAGUUAAUGAUUUGUUUGUUUAUGCCGAAAUUUUACAGUUUUUUUAUGUAGAACAGCCUUUGGUUGAAUUUCUUAUACAGCAUUUGGCCGUGCUCAUGCCAUGUUAGCUUAUUAUUAAUGGUGACACCUAAGUACUUGUGUGACUCCACUUUCUCUACACUUUGUUUUUUUAUGUUGAGAUCUGUAAUCUGGUGUUUCCCCCUCCUGAAAUCAACAACCAUUUCCUUUGUUUUUUGAGACAUUCAGCUGGAGAAAAUGUUCAUCGCACCAAUUGAUAAAGCUUGUAACUAAAUUGCGGUAUAGGCCUUGUCCUUCAGAUAUUAAGCCAACAAUGGUGGUAUCAUCAGCAAAUUUUAAGAUUGGAACGGUGUCGCUUGAGCUUUGAAUAUCAUUGGUAUAUAUUGUAUACAGUACAGGAGAGAGAACGCAGCCUUGUGGUGCCCCGGUGCUUAUUUCUCUGGUUAGAGAUACUUGGUUAUUUACUUUGACAUAUUGUGGUCGAUUUGUUAAAAAGUUCAGUAUCCAAGCCUGAAUAUUUAAAUUGACACCUAACGGACGAGGAAAGUUUCUUUAUCAUAAGCUGUGGUUGGAUAGCGUUAAAUGCUGUUGAGAAGUCUAAGAUAAGCUCUCUGGCAUAUGUUUUAGGACUGUCUAUGUGAUGGUAAAGUCUCCAACAAUUGUAAGAUUGCAUCCUCCGUACUUCUGGCAGGUUUGUAAGCAAAUUGGUGGGGGUCAAGUUUUUGCUGUACUUCAUUUAAAAUUUCUUUCAGAAUUAUUUUCUCAAAACAUUUCAUUACAAAAGAGGUAAGUGCAACAGGUCGUAAGUCGUUGUUGCACGUUACCUUAUUUUUCUUUGGAAUUGGUAUGAUUUCUGAAGUUUUCAAAAUUGCUGGUAUUGUGUGAGUUACAUAAGAUUUAUUAAAUAUGUUACAAAAAAUGUAUGAGAGCUGCUCUGAGCAAAGUUUAAUGAACCGACCACUUAAUUUGUCUGGUCCUGAGGCCUUGGCUGCGUCCACUUGUUUAAAUAAUGACAUCACUCCCUGUUCGGUGAACAAUAAAGUACCAUCCUCUGUAUUACUGCCAUCUUUAAAUAAAUUCAUCAUCUCAUUCUGUACUCUUCCAAAGUCCAGGCUGUCAAAACCACAAUAAAAGUCAUUUAAGUCGUAAACAAAAUUCUUCACGUUUUCUCUCAUCAGGGAUGGGCAAUCUUAAUUGCAAGUACAAUGUGCCAAAAAAGGCUCAAGACACAAGCUAUGAAAUUUAAACCUAAUUUAUCUCCAGGCACUGCAAGUUUUGGGCCAGUUUUGAAAUUUCAGUUGUGUCGAGAAUGGUGUUGCAUGUUUUUUGUGUUGGCAUUGUCUAGGAUAUGACGUGACACUCUUGAGGCAUUAUUUCUGAUCAUUCUUUAGAGAAAUAUUGACCACAUUUUUCUUUAAAAAAAUUCUUUUUAUAUCCCAUUUAAGGAAGGAGGCAUGGAUCUGGUCUCUGUUGAUGACUGGGUCAAGUUCAAAGCCUCGGCGUCUACAGCGCAGCUGGUCAAGGUAUGGACCUCUCCACAAAAUAAAAUGUUUAACCUGAACGUGACAACUUAACUUGUCACACGUUUUUGUUACACACAGUAAAUGGGGGUCUAAUGCAGACCUGUUUACUCUUACGAUUUUGGCGUACCGUGUACCAUUUUUGAGGUGUAAACAUUAUAUAUACUGUAUGUUUAUUUUUUACUAUUAAGAUAAUGUAUUGAAUGAUUUUGUGAGGAUAUCAUACGAUUUUAAGAGUUUGAGGCUAAACAGAUCUGGUAAUGGUUGGCAUCAACAAUACAUAGAUCUAUAUUUCUACCAUUGAAAAAAAAAUAUUGGGGGGAAACAUUUUAAAAAAUAAAUUUCUCCAGCCAUAGUGCAAUGCACCUACUCCUGAUGUAAUGAAGAUUAGCUAAGAGCACUGUGGUGGUGUUGUUUUUUUAACAUAAUUUGGAAGAGAAAAAAAAAUCAUUCUAUACUAUGUUUCAUACAUCCCUCUGUCACGGUCAGAUCGCGUGAGUUUUUCUGUGUGAGCUUUUAUGAUGUUAAUUUGACCAAUCGUGGGUGAGUUUCUUUUCCCCGUGUGCCCCACGAGUUUUUAUUUUUCUCGGUCAGGUAUGACCGGUGUGCUGUGUCGGGAGGAACCACGUGAGGAUAGGAGUGUGUAAAAAAAGGGAUGAUGAGUUGCAGAGAGCGUGACAGUGGCGAACGCGGUGGCUUGGAUGUGAGGACGUUAGUUUGUUGAGGGAGAUUUUUCUAUAGAUGGCAGAGGACUUCUGUAAUUAAAUUAAUUUUUUAUAUUAUGUGCAGCAUUUUUCUUGACACAAAUUUUAUAUUCUGAAAACCAGCGGAUGUUUACUAUGCAUUUUUCCACUGUCAGGAAGAUGGAGGCAAUAAAUCAUAUGAACCCUGAAGCUUUGCAUCGUUUGUUUUAAUAAAUACUUGGACUAUUCAGCACAUCAGCUCUGUAGGGGCUAGACAACAGGGGUUCUAGACCCUUGAAAAUUGUUCUGUGGCUAGUACGCAGGGGACCGACCCCUAGACAACGUACGUCACACCCUCAUCCUUUGACAAUUUUAUUUUUCUUUAGUGUUUUAAUUUUAAUAAAUUUUGUCCUAUUUUUAUUUUUAAUCUCAGGAUCUCCGCCAACAAUUGGACAAACUGUUGACCAAAAAGAUCACAGAUCCGGGCCCAACAUGUUGGGAUCAGACCACUUCCGAAGGAGCUCUUAUGGCUGCCAUUGCUGAUCUCAUCACAAUGGAGGAAAAGGGCUACACUGUACGUGGUCAGAGUAUGGGGGGAAGCAUUGGUAAAAAGGAAACCGGAUCAUCGUCCAAAGUUUAGAGUACACUUGCCUUGUCUGUGUAUUUAACUGGUUGCCUCCUCUCAUAAAUUCCUCUCUUAUCAGGGGUGGGCAAUCUUAAGUGCAAGUACGAUGUCCCAAAAAGGCUCAAGGCAUGAGCUAUGAAAUUUAAACCUAAAUGGCUGAUGGCUUUUAAAGAAAAGACAUCUAGGCUUAUUUCUUUGUUGACUAAAUUGGUUGGUCUAAGUUCAGAAAGGAGAAUCAACUUAUUUUCUCAGGUAUAUCUAGAUCCUAUUGCCCUUGUUCGACAUUUAGACCCAUCUAAAUGCAUAGAAAUACUGGGCAGUUUCCUGGGGCACCCCAAGCAUAUCCUUUUGCUAAUUUACCUAGGUGGUGACUUGCUGACCAGCUCCAUGUGAAAUGCCAUGCAGGAUCUUGUCAAUGCUUUUACCUAUAAUUUAUUAUUUAAUUCAUCAUGUUCUAAUUUUAGUUCUAUCUUGUUCUUGUCACAUGCACACUUGACACUUCCCUCUCUAAUCAAAUACUGAACUGAACCCCAUGUUUAUAAGACAAUAACUUCAUGGAUAAUUCUUCUCUUGUUAAAAUGUUUCUAAUUGUGUAUAGUUUAUCAUGUUUUGUGCUAUACACUACAAAUGUAGCUGACAGUUGGGGAACAAGUGAUGCCAUGAUUAUAAUUUAGAAAUAAAAACAUUGAUGUUUGCUUUAAAAAAUCA